AUGGUGACAGUGAAUCUUGGAAUGCUCCAUUAUGUACUGGACCAUGUAUAUGGUGCAUUCAUGCACAGAACAAAGAUAAGCCCACAAUUUUUUUCAAGAGGGUGGGGAGGUACAAAGCUUGAGUUGCUUGAGAGAAUGAUCAAGCAGCUGUUCCCAGAAGUUGCAGGUCAGAAUUGGCCUCCCACUGUUAUCCGACCCAAUUGGAAAACAGUUUGGGAGAGCCAGACAGCUACUCUUAGAGAAGGGGUUUUCAGGACACCUUGUGAUGAGCAGCUUCUUAGUGCAUUGCCUCCUGAGAGUCACAAUGCAAGAGUUGCAUUUCUCUUCCCAAAAUCUGUGCCCCCUCAGAAAAUGGCCUGUGUGGUUCAUCUUGCAGGAACAGGGGACCAUACAUUUGAAAGAAGGUUGCGUCUUGGUGGACCAUUGUUGAAGGAAAACAUUGCAACCAUGGUGCUCGAGAGCCCUUUCUAUGGACAAAGACGUCCUGUGAUGCAGCAUGGGGCAAAACUCUUGUGUGUGAGUGACUUGCUUUUAUUAGGAAAGGCAACCAUUGAAGAAGCUCGCAGUCUCUUGCAUUGGUUAGACUCUGAGGCAGGGUUUGGAAAGAUGGGUGUUUGUGGACUUAGUAUGGGAGGAGUACAUGCUGCAAUGGUUGGAUCACUGCACCCUACACCUGUUGCAACCCUUCCUUUUCUCUCUCCGCACUCUGCUGUUGUGGCAUUCUGUGAGGGAAUAUUAAAGCAUGCCACUGCUUGGGACGCACUGAGAGAGGAUCUUGCAGUGCAGAAGGCUGCAAUGACUCUUGAGGAGGUGAGAGAAAGGAUGCGCAAUGUUCUGUCCCUCACAGAUGUCACACGCUUUCCGAUUCCAAAAAGUCCCAAUGCUGUGAUUUUUGUUUCUGCCACUGAUGAUGGGUACAUUCCAAAACACUCUGUGCUGGAGCUGCAAAAAGCUUGGCCAGGUUCAGAAGUAAGAUGGGUCACUGGUGGCCAUGUUUCAUCUUUCCUUCUCCACAACGGUGAGUUCCGCAGGGCCAUUGUGGAUGGACUUGACAGAUUGCAAUGGAAGGAGUCUCCAUUGUGA